AUGAGUAUAAAAGAGUUGCGGAUUUUAUUUUUUUUUAAUAAAAAAUAUAGUUAUUUGUCGCCAAUAAAGUUAAAGAAAUUUCACUUGAAUUUUGGGGAGAAAUAUAAUAAGAAACUAAAAAUGGCGGAAAAUUCGCAAAGCUUGCAAAAUUCGAAAAAUGUACAAAAUGUACAAAGCUUGCAAAAUUCGCAAAGUGUGCAGAAUGGAAAAAAAAGACAAAAUGGUUAUUGUAACAAGUUUGAUGCUUAUGAUGAAAAUAAAAAAGCUCGAUUAGUUUUGUUAAGUGAAGAAACAGUAUUGGGUAGAAGUGUUACAAGUGCUAAUAUUGGAGAAACUGAUAAUAAAGAUAAUAUUUUAAAAACAUUUAAAACAUGUAAUAAUUUGAAUUUUAGUUUUGAAAAUAAUAAAUUAGAGGAAUUACAAAUUGAUCAAGAUAAAUUUUCAACAAUUAAUGAUACUAUCAAAAAAGAAAAAAAAAUAAUUAUUAAAAAGGAGUGUGAAAUAAAAGAUAUAAAUCCUGAUAAUAAAAUUGGAGGUGAUUUGGAAAAUUCCGAAAAAAUAUGUGACAAUAUUUUAAAUGAUGUUAAAAAGGAUAAAUCACCUGAACAAGUCAGGGAAAAUGUAAAAGUAAUAGUAACUUGGAAUAUGAAUAGCAUUACUGUAAGAUAUAAAAAUAGAGAAAAAUGGAAAAGAUUUAUUAAAUUUGUUAACGAAAUAAAUGCAGAUGUUUUAUGUUUUCAAGAAGUCCGUCUCCCGGCUUUAAAUGUUCCAAAAAAUGGAGUAAAAAACGGGGUAAAAAAUGGAGUAAAAAACGGGGUAAAAAAUGAAGUAAAAAAUGAAGAUGAAGAGAGAGAAAGAGGGUUAGUAAAAAAUACAGACCAAAAGAGUAUGAUAGAUUAUAAAAUUGUUGAAGAUAUAUUAAAAAAUGAUUUUAAAGAAUAUAAUAGUUAUUUUAGUUUAGCAAAUAUCAAAUAUAGUGGUCAAUUAGUAUUAGUUAAAAAAGAUAUAAAAGUAAAAUCAGUAAGAUAUAAUCUUUUAUUUGAAACAGAUCCUAAUAUACAUAAUGAUGAAGGUAGAAUCAUAUUAUUAGAAUUUUCUAAUUUUUAUUUAUUAUCUACAUAUUCACCAAAUAAUGGUUUCGAUCAAAUCAAAUUUAAUAGAAGAAAAUUAUAUGAUGAGCAAAUGAAAAAUUUUGUUUUAUUUAUGAAAAAUGAAAAUAAAAAUUUGAUAUGGACAGGGGAUUUAAAUAUUGCACCUGAAGAUAUCGAUUUAUCACAUCCUAUAGAAUUUCGAAAAAUGAAAAAAGGAAAUGUUCCUAAAGAAUAUAUAGGGCAACCUGGUUGUACAGAUGCAGAAAGAGAAAAUUUUAAAACUAUUUUAAAAAAUGGUAAUUUAGUUGAUUCAUAUCGAUAUUUUGAAAAUUAUAAAAUAAAAAAUGAUCCUACAUAUAAAAAAAAAACUAAUAUCAAUGAUAAUAUUUAUACAUGGCGUUGUCCAUUUCUUAUUGGUAAAUCAUGUAAUAGAGCAAUGAGAAUAGAUCAUUUUAUUGUUUCAAAAAAUUUACUUAAUCAAAUUGAAAAUGUAGAGAUACAUGGAUAUAGUGUAUCUCACACUAAUUUUUAUGGGUCAGAUCAUUGCCCAGUUAUUUUAAAUAUGAAGGAAUAA